ACAAUCCCAAACCCAACCGAAUGAUAAAUAAAGCAAAAUAGAAAACGAGUACGAAAAAUGGAAGGCAGAGAAGAGAACGAGGAAUCCAACCGAUCAGAGGGUGUUGUUUGGUUUGGAGAGAGAGAGCGUGCCUAAGAAUAAACAUAUGAUAUGACUUGGGAGUGACUGAGUGGUAAGACUAGGUCGAGAUUUAGCAAGUAGAAGACCGGUGGUUGCGCGCUUGCGCUCGUGCAAAAGAACGAAAAACCAACCAAAACGCAACACACAUGAAUGAGAUCGCAUCCUUCCUUCCAUUUUCUUCUCCUAACAAUCUUGUACACCAAAUUACGCAGCAACUACCCGAAAAAACAAAGAAAAAAAAUUUAAAAAAAAUCAAAAAAUAUAUCGAAAAAGAAAAAAAGAAAAAAAGAAGAAAAGAAGGUAAGUGUCAAUUUCAGAUUAACAAAUGAAACAAAGCAGGCAUUUUGUUCCUUCCAUGACUCGAAAUUUGUAGUAAGAGAAAGAAAGUUCCCAAAUUUUCAAAAGGGUUCUUUUGCUUUGGCUCAAUUGAUCUAUCACAUUACUCCCCUUAACAAUUUUUCUGUUGUUUUCUGUGUGUGAGUAGUGGGAGUUGUGGCAUUGUAGAGGAAGGGGAUCGUGGAGAUGGAAAAAUUAGGAUCAAUGACCAAAGAAGGAGCCUCAUCUUCCUCUACCAAAAGGAAGUCCAGAAGACCCAAAUAUUCCAAGUUCACACAGCAAGAGCUUUCAGCUUGCAAACCAAUUUUAACACCAGGAUGGGUCAUUUCUAUAUUUGUCACAAUCGGCAUUAUCUUUAUCCCUAUUGGCUUUGCUUCCUUAUUUGCAUCAGAGCGUGUGGUGGAAAUUAUAGACCACUAUGACAAAGAUUGUGUUCCUCUUAGAUAUACGGACGAUAAGCUUGCAUUUAUUCAGAGUAGUAAAACUAACAAGACCUGUAUUAGGAGACUAACUGUUCCAAAACAAAUGAAAUCUCCCGUUUACAUCUACUACCAGCUUGAUCAUUUCUAUCAGAAUCAUCGCCGAUAUGUUAAAAGUAGAAGUGACAGUCAGUUGCGGAGCAAGUCUGAUGAGAAUAAAACAAGCACCUGUGAUCCUGAACGCAAUUCACCAAAUGGUGCAAUUGUUCCCUGUGGUCUGAUUGCAUGGAGUUUGUUUAAUGACACAUACAAGUUUUCAGUGAAAAACAAACAACUGGGGGUCAACAAAAAGGACAUCACAUGGAAAAGUGACCAGGGGAAUAAGUUCGGCUCGGAUGUCUAUCCUAAAAAUUUCCAGAGUGGGGGUUUGAUUGGAGGAGCAAAACUGAAUUCUAGCAUACCUCUGAGUGAACAAGAAGAUCUUAUUGUUUGGAUGCGGACUGCAGCACUGCCAACGUUCAGAAAACUAUAUGGGAGGAUAGAAGUGGACCUUGAAGCUAAUGAUGUAGUAAUUGUAACAAUAGAGAAUAAUUAUAACACUUACAGCUUCGGUGGCAACAAGAAGCUCGUACUUUCAACCGCAAGCUGGAUUGGUGGAAAGAAUUAUCUGCUAGGCAUAGCAUACCUUACUGUUGGCGGACUCUGUUUGUUCUUGGCCAUAAGCUUCAUACUUCUAUAUUUGAUAAAGCCAAGGCCUCUUGGGGAUACAUCCUACUUGUCUUGGAACAGAGGUGCAUCAGGAGGACAUAUAUUUAUUAGCUAGGAGUAUCCACUAGUACAAGGUUUUUCUGGACAAUCUCUUUUGUCAUCAGUGAUAGGACCAGAUCGAGAUUUAUAUCUGUUUCUAAAAACAUCCUACCGUUUUUUUUUUUUUGGGUUUAUUUUGUUGAUAAUGUUAAAAGCACCCAGGCUUGAUCAGUAAGUGUAUAUAUUUCAUUACAGUUGUUGAUAUCAGGAACUUUUCAAGAAGGAAUGGCCUUGCAUA